AUAAUAAUUAGCUACCCAUAUUCUUGAUUUAGCCUAAAAAGAAGUUCUUUUUCUUCUUUUUUCGUUUUCCACAAUCUCGUUCGGAGAGAAAUAAAGAAAAAAAAAGUUCAACAGCUCAGAGUUCUAUUGGGUUUCGCAAAAUUUAUUUUUUUGUGUUUUUUCUUCUGAUAUCUUCCAAAAAUCUCGAGGUUUAUGCAUUUUUUUGUGUGAAUUGGGGUUGUUAGGAUGGAUUUUGAUCUCCGAAAUGUUAGAAGCUUGGUAAAAGUUUGAUUUUUUUAAAAUCUGAUUUAGGGUUUUAGGAAUUGUUUCUGGAGCAAUGUUGCUUCAGAUAUUGUUCAAAUUUGAAUGAAACAAUUUCUGUACAUGUAAUUUUACUCCAAAUAAGGGAAAAAAAAUGUCUACUAUAGUUCGUAGUUCCUUAGAGGAAAUGCUGGAUUCUCUCCGGCAAAGGGAUGAAAAUGAGAAGCCAAAAGACUUGCCGCCGGCGUUGCCUGUUCGGCCAAAGCUAGCAUCCAGAACUAGGCCUCCUUCACAGAAGCGACCGUUGAGCAAAAGGUUCAGCAAAGGUGAUGUUGAAUUGGAGAAUAGUAAGAAGGAAGAGUCUAAAGGGUUGAAAAGGAAUGCUUUUGGUGCUAUGAAGGUUAUAGGAAUGGAAGAUAGCGAAUCGCCAUACGCAAUGCCUUCAGUGAAGAAGAACAACACAGGGAGAUUGCGGGAAGUAAGUGGUGCAAAGCUUGAGAAAAGGCGUAGUGAAACUGAAUGGGAUGAUCGCCUGGAUUAUUUUGUUAAGAAGAAGCUUCGCAUCUGGUGUCGCCUGAGGAAUGGGCCAUGGGUAUCAGGACUGAUUCAAUCAACUUCAGGAGAGAAAGCUACGGUGUCACUUUCUGACGGCAGUGUUGUGACAGUGCCUGUAGGAGAGGUAUUACCUGCUAAUCCGGAUGUUCUUGAGGGUGUGGAUGAUCUCAUGCAGCUUAGUUAUUUGAAUGAGCCAUCUGUUCUUCACAACCUUCAACACAGAUAUGCGCGAGAUAUGAUAUAUAGCAAGGCAGGGCCUGCUUUAAUAGCAAUCAAUCCAUUCAAAGAUAUCCAAUUGUAUGGGAACGAAUUUGUUACAGCUUACAGACAGAAGCUAUUGAGUGAUCCUCAUGUUUAUUCUAUUGCUGACACUGCUUACGAUCGAAUGAUGGAAGAUGAAAUAAGUCAAUCUAUUAUCAUAAGUGGGGAAAGUGGAUCUGGGAAGACGGAAACAGCAAAAUUUGCAAUGGAAUACUUGGCUAUGCUUGGUGGAGGCAAUAACGCGAUAGAGAAGGAGGUGCUGCAAACAAGCUACAUAUUGGAGGCCUUUGGGAAUGCCAAAACUUCCAGGAACAACAACUCCAGUCGAUUUGGAAAGUUGAUUGAAAUUUUUUUUAGUGCAACAGGAAGGAUAUGUGGUGCUAAAAUACAAACCUUACUUCUUGAAAAGUGGAGAGUGGUUCAGCUGCUCGAUGGAGAGAGGUCCUAUCAUAUUUUUUACCAACUAUGUGCCGGGGCUCCACCUACUUUGAGAGAUAAACUUAAGUUAAAAGGUGCAUCAGAAUACAAAUAUCUCAACCAGAGUGGCUGCUUGGUGAUCCAUGAUGUUGAUGAUGCUGAGGAAUUUUGUAAGCUUAUGGAAGCCCUAAAUACUGUUAGGAUUUCUGAAAGGGAUCAAGAGCAUACUUUUCAGAUGAUUGCUUCUGUUCUAUGGCUGGGAAAUAUAACGUUCCAAGUAAUUGACAAUGAAAGCCAUGUUGAAGUUGUGCAAAGUGAAGCCGUUACAAAUGCUGCUAGCUUGAUUGGCUGUACUGUAAAUGACCUCAUACUAGCUUUAUCAACAUGUCAAAUACAAGCCGGCAAGGACAAGGUUGCCGAGAGUUUAACUGUGGAGCAGGCAACUGAUAGAAGAGAUGCAUUGGCAAAGUUCAUUUAUUCAAACUUGUUUGACUGGAUAGUAGAUCAAAUGAACAGAAACCUUGCAAUGGACAAAGAACAGACGGGUAGAUCCAUAAAUAUUCUAGACAUUUAUGGUUUUGAAUCAUUUAAGAGGAACACUUUCGCACAAUUUUUAAUAAACUAUGCAAAUGAGAGGCUCCAGCAGCAUGUCAUCAGACAUCUAUUGAAACUCGAGCAAGAGGAAUAUGAAUUGGACGGAAUUGAUUGGUCAAAAGUGGAUUUUGAAGACAACCGAGAGGGUCUGGACCUUUUUGAAAAGAAACCAGUUGGCCUUAUAUCGUUGUUGAAUGAAGAAUCAAAUUCCCUAAAAGCCACUGAUUUGACCUUUGCAUGUAAACUUAAGCAUCACAUCAAAUCUAGCCCUUGCUUUAAAAGCAGAAGAGAAGAAUUUUGUAUUCGCCAUUAUGCUGGAGAGGUAACUUAUGAUGCAACUGGCUUCUUAGCAAAGAACAGAGAUGUGUUGCAUCCUGACAUUAUUCAGCUACUCUCAUCAAGGGACAGUCACCUGCAUGAAGAUAAAAAAUUCUCAAUUCCAUCAACUGAUACAGGGUUGCCAGAGUUUCAGAAGCAAAGUGUUGCAACUAAGUUUAAGGAUAAUUUGUUCAAAUUGAUGCAUCAAUUGGAAAAUACCAUACCACAUUUCAUAUGUUGCAUAAAACCAAAUAAUAAGCAGCUUCCUGGCAUGUCUGACAAAGAUCUUGUCAUAGAACAGCUCAGAUGCUGUGGUGUUCUUGAGGUGGUUAGAAUAUCAAGAUCUGGCUAUCCUACUAGGUUAACACAUCAAGAAUUCACAAGCAGGUACGGCUUCCUUCUGCCAAAGGAUAAUGCAUGCCAAGAUCCUUUAAGUAUGUCAGUUGCCAUUCUUCAUCAAUUUGGUAUUCUUCCGGAACUGUACCAAGUUGGGUAUACAAAGAUAUAUUUCCGAUCAGGACAGAUUGCUGCAUUGGAGGAUGUAAGGAAUCAAGUUCUGCAAGGUACUCUUGAGGUGCAGAAGUGCUUCCGUGGUCAUCGUGUUCGUCGGCACUUCCAUGAGCUGAAAGGAGGAGUAAUCAUACUUCAAUCAUUUAUUCGUGGUGAAAUAGAAAGAAGGCAGUAUAAUACUAAAGUGACGUCUAAAGGGAAGGUUGCUCGUGAAGGAAGUGAUGAAAAGCUGGUGGCUGUUGUGCAGAUACAAUCAGCUAUUCGUGGCUGGUUGGCUAGACGACAUCUUAGACAACUACAGAAUUCAAAAAUGACAAAUGUGGACAAACGAAAAGCAGGCAGAAAAAUGGAGGUCAAGGAGUUGCCUCGAGAAAUUCUACCUUCUGUUGUAGAAGACCUCGAAAGACGGGUUGCAAAGGCUGAGGCUACCCUUGAACAGAAGGAAAAGGAAAAUGCUACCCUGAAGGAACAAGUAAACCAAUUUGAAGCCCGAUGCUUAGAAUAUGAGGUCAAGAUGAGGUCAAUGGAGGAGAUGUGGCAAAAGCAAAUGACAUCAUUGCAGGUAAUUGUAACAUUGAAUGAUGAAAUUCCUAAUGUGGAUGAUACAUCAAUUGCUUUUCUAAAGCAGGCUAGUCUAGCUGCAGCCAAGAGCAGUCUUGGCGCUGGUGAUACUAUUGGUCGACCUGGAAAGCUUGAAGGUUCCCCAUCUCCUCACUAUUAUGAUUCUGAUGAUGCAACAUCUAUGGACACUCCUGCUGGACGCACUCCAGUUAACUUUUCUAACAACAGUUUUGGUGUUGGAGCUAAUAGAGAGGUUAAUGGUGGUUUAUCCUUAAUAAGCCACCUUACAAUGGAAUUUGAGCAACGGAAGCAGAAUUUUGACAAUGAAGCCAUGGCAAUUGUUCACUUGAAGCCAGGGCAGUUACAUUCUACUAAUCCUGCAGAUGAGUAUCGAAGACUGAAACACAGGUUUGAGGAAUGGAAAAAAGAGUACAAGGUCCGGUUAAAGGAGACGAAGACAAAAGUACACAAGCUUGUUCAUUCUAAAGCAGGGAAGACUCGUAGGAAAUGGUGGGGUAAGAAGAGCAAGUGAUUUUAGCUUAAAAUCAUUCCUAUUUUCUUCUUUAGGGUGUUAAAAUGUAUAGGUGGAACUAAUUUCCCCAACUAUGGUUGGUAAUUUAGCAAAGUUGGUGGAGAUUGGGAAAUAGUAUGUGUGCUCAGUUACGGAUCCUCUGUAAUCCCUCGGCUAGAUAGUUUAGAGCUAGUUUGUGAAUAGCCUGUUGUAAUCAAUGCUAGGUUGCUUAAAACAUAUUAUGAAUUUUCUUAGUCCAUAUGUUUUUGCAUUGGCAAAUGCUGUAAUUAGUUGUUAUUGAAAGAUGGUGAUCAAUUGCAGAAAAGUGAUUACUUGAUUGUUCACAA